GCGUAUAUGAUGAUUUUUAGCAGCUGACUAGUGAUUUCAGAGGACCGUGUAUCGUUGCCUCACCCCUGCUUCUACUCCGUCCAUGUCAUCUUGCGGUACCAGCUAUGGAGAUACAAGCAGCGACGUCUCGACUCCGAAUAUGCUCUUGACUCCCGUCAGCAGUGUGGACGCUCACGAUGUAUUUGCCACUGGAGCUGGUUCCUACCAAGCCGAAGCUAAGUCUGCUGAACAUCGACUAUAUGCGCCUUCUUUUCACCGCAAUGGCCACUAUGAUGAUCUGCUAGCCAUGAACCUUAUUGCCACUCCUGGUCUCACCCCUGGCAACCUCUGGGAUCAGGAUGUCUUCUGCGCCGAGCAUAAAUUGAUUCCACAAACCGAAACCGAAAUCCAGGGCACUGGCGCGAAUACUCUACCCGCCGAAACAACAUUUGCUUUCGACGGACGAAGCCUCUCGCAAGCCGAGCGCGAGGCGAUAUAUGAUAGUCUCUCUUCUGUUCUGGGUCCAGCAUGCGGCAUUCAAGAAUCUGUGGGCACCUACAAGGCUUUCAUGAUGAAGCAAACCGAGCUGUACUAUGAGCGCCUUCUGUCUGGUGAUAUUUCCCCAUCUAUGUGCCUGGAACCUCUUGAGAACUCCUUGUUGUAUGUGGACCCGUCGCCUUCGCCAGGAGCUACUUCUUGCUUUUCUGGCUACGAAACACAACCGCACGAGCAGAACCUCGUGCCUCUUGUACCCUCGACUCCGCAAGAUCUCACGUACUACAGCUGGCUUCUCUAUGGAGGGCACUCGUAUCCACCAAGUCUACUUUCCGCUUUUUCUCCGGUGUCCAACGCGCGGUCUGACACCACCAUGGAAAUCUCGAGGUCUGACCUUGCGCUGGACAUCACUGAAAUUCUGUCAAGCCCGGUGCUAGAGCCACCGCUGACUUCCGAGCAUGGAAACACGCUCAACCACAAUAGUGCGCCCGACCGGCACUUUGGCCAGGGUGUACUAUACGAGAUGAUUCCCGGCUACGAAGCACUCGGUUUCUCUGUCGCGCCUGUCUAUCGUCCGAUGGUACUCCACCACAUGCAAUCCGGCCGCGAUGAACACGUCAUCCAAUAUGCACACCUUCCGAUGGCAGCUAUGACGGCGCGGGAUCGCGUUGAAGCAUCUUUGACCUUACAAAGUGCUAAGGCCGCACAGGGCUUGGAGAAGACGGUCCAGGACAAGAACAGAAGUAAACCCAAGGGCAAGAACCGCGUAGGAGGGCGCCAGCGGAAACGUUCGAGCGUUGAAUGCAUCGGCGGCAAAAAGUAAAAAUAUCAAUCGUCCUCGGAGAUUCGUAAUGUCAUAGUCACGUCUCCUUAGGUGCACAAGAACUUCCCUGCUAGACUGCCUGUGGCUUCUACCUUGUUUGUCCGUCCCCUUCAAACCAUCCUUAGCGCUGAGCGGCUUUUUUUUGUUGUCCUCCCAAUCCCAUUGUUUGAUGUAUCUUUGACCCUCCGAGCCCGAGUAUUGCACGUCACGACGUCCUUAUGAUCCGAUCCGUUGGUCCCCGUAUGUUAUUACUACGCCUCUUUGUCAUAGGUUUGUCCGAUC